AUGAAAUUGUCUAAGGAAAAGGCUACCAAGGUUCCUGUGUGGGCUAAGUUUUUCAAUGUCCCUUUUGAAUAUUGGGAUAGUGAUGGACUAAGUCGUAUAGCUAGUGCUGUAGGUGUCCCUUUGUUUAUGGACCAACUUACGGAACAGGGUAGUAGGGUGUCCUUUGCUAGGGUGUGUGUUGAGGUAGAAGCAACAUCUAUCUUAACUGCUAUGUUUAAGGUGGACUGUGAAGGAGCGGAUGCCAUAGUCAAGGUCGAAUAUCAAGGCUUACCCCCAAAAUGUGAACACUGCAUAGCCUUUGGGCAUGAUACAGCUAGAUGUGUAAAAACUCAGGUUGCGGCUCUAAUCAACAGCCAAAAAGAAGUACAAAAUCAUCCUGACCCUGGUUGGGAAACUGUCAUGGCCAAGGGCAAGAGGAAAGUGGGUGUUCCAAAUACCUCUACUGAGUCAGCAAACAAUGAGGAGCCUAAGGAGGAUGGCACGCAACAAACUGAGGAAGAGCAGCCAGAAAUGCAAGCUCAGGUGGAGACCGCAGAUGCAUUACCUGAUCAAACUUACAGAGAGGUGCUGAGCCCAAUAGAUGGUGAGCCAAAGGAUGAUAAUAUGGAUGGAUUGGUGGCCCUUCAGAAGGAACUAGUGGAAAUUACAAGUUUAAUUCUUCCCCAUGACACAGAAUUGAUGGCUAAAGUGGAGAAACUUGUGGAAUCCACUCCUGGCAAAGCUCAAACUAGCAAGCAAGCCCAAGCAGGCUCAAGUGCAAAAGGUAACUCCUCUGGCAAGGGCAACAAAAGCCAGAGGAAGAAACGCAGAGGAUUUAAUAAUCCUCACAGACACAAAGAAGUUAGAAAAUUUUUGCUGCAUGAAGACAUUAAAAUAUUGGGCAUUUUGGAAACUAAAAUAAAAGCUUUGAAUGAACAACAGAUUUUUUCGUCUGGUGUUAACAAUUGGCCCUUUUUGACAAACUCACAACCUUCUAAAACUGGGCGGAUUUGUGUUUGCUGGGACUCAGCUUUUUGUAAAGUUCAAAAGUUACAUGACUCUGAUCAGUUUAUUUUUUGUAAAGUGCAUGAUUUAACUACGGACUAUAUGUUCAAAGCCUGUUUUGUCUAUGCUGGGAAUAAACAUGAAGUUAGGAAAGAUUUUUUUGAGUAUAUGGUUAAAAUCUCCCAAGCUCAGUCCAAUACUCCUCUUGUAAUUUUAGGGGACUUCAAUGCUAUUAGAUUCCCUUACAAAAAAUCUGGGGGUUCUGUUAGUUGGUCUAAGGAUACAGAGGAGUUCAAUUCCCAUAUUUUGCAAGCUGAGCUGGUUGAUCUCUCCUAUGGAGGUUGCCAAUUCACCUGGGCUAAUAAGAGAACUAAUGGGGAUUAUAUUGCUUCCAAGAUUGACAGAGUGCUGGUAAAUGAGGCUUGGCUUGAUACAUUCCCUGCUUUAUUUGCUACCUUUUUGCCCUCGGCCAUAUCUGAUCACUCUCCUGCUGUGAUACAUAUCUCUGAUAAGGUGACUUCCUUUAAGAAACCUUUCAAAUAUUUUGACUUUUGGGCUGACCAUGAGGAUUUCUGCUCUGUGGUUUCUACAAUUUGGAACCAGUACAUUCAGGGUGUCCCUAUGUUUAGAGUGUGUCAGAAAUUGAAAAAUCUGAAACCAGCUCUAAAGGCUUUGAAUAAGAAAGACUUCAAUGACAUUACUACUAGAGUCCACACUUCUAGGUCUGAGCUCCUUUCUGCUCAGUGUAAGUUAGACAAGGAUCCUAAUAAUGUUUCUUUGCAAAAGCUUGAGAGAACUUUGUAUAAACAGCAUGUUGAUCUUCUGGCUGUUGAGGAGAGCUUGGCCCACCAGAAAUCUAGAGUCUAG